UGCCACAUAGCCGGGAUCGGGGGCACAUGGCGUCGAUGGGGCUCCGGGUCCUGGUGCUGGUGCUGAGCUCGGGGGUGAGCGUCGGAGCUCGGAAGGAUUCGCCCAAGCCGGCCCGGGCGCCCCCGAUCCCUCAUCGGCCCUUCGCGGUGGUCUGGAACGCUCCCACCGAGCCGUGCCGCAUGCGCUUCCAGGUGGAUUUGGACUUGAGCGUCUUCGACAUCGUGGCCAACCUCAACGAGACCCUGAGCGGACCCAAUGUGACCAUCUUCUAUCAUAGCCACCUGGGCUAUUAUCCAUACUACUCCAACUCGGGCCUACCGGUCAACGGGGGGCUCCCGCAGAACCAGAGCAUCGCCAAACACCUGAGCAAGGCCCGCAACGACAUCGACAAACUGAUCCCCCACAAGGACUUCCGAGGGUUGGGAGUUAUCGAUUGGGAGAACUGGAGACCCCAGUGGGUGCGCAACUGGGGCAGCAAGGACAUCUACCGCAACAAGUCCAAGGAGCAGAUUCGGAAGCUUCACCCCAACUGGCCAGAGAGCAAAGUGGAGAAGGAGGCCAAGGAGAGCUUCGAGAAAGCCGCGCAGGCCUUCAUGAAUCUGACUUUGGCCUUAGCCGAGGGUCGCCGACCGGACGGCUUGUGGGGCUUCUAUUUGUUUCCCGACUGUUACAAUUACGGCUACAAGCAACACCCGCGGCGCUACACCGGCGAAUGCCCCAACGUGGAGCACGUCCGAAACGACCACCUGAUGUGGUUGUGGAAGGAGAGCACGGCCUUGUACCCAUCCAUCUACCUGGACUAUGAGCUCAGGUCCUCGGCCAACACCGUCAAGUUUGUCCACUACCGAGUCAAGGAGGCCAUGAGGAUCGCCUCCAUCGCACGCCCAGACGUCACGUUGCCGGUUUUCGUCUACUCCAGACCCUUCUACGCCUACACCUUCGUGGUUCUGUCAGAGAGCGACCUGGUGCACACCAUCGGUGAGAGUGCUUCCCUCGGAGCAUCCGGUGUUGUCCUCUGGGGUUCGUCAGAAUACGCUAGAUCGCAGAGGAACUGUCUGACGGUGAAGAAGUACAUCGACGGCCCUCUCGGCCAUUACGUGGUCAACGUGACGUCGGCCGCCAAGCUGUGCAGCAAAGCGCUGUGCAAGAAAAACGGCCGCUGCGUCCGCAAGAGCCUGGAGUCGGGCGCCUACCUGCACCUCAACCCGCGAUUCUUCACCGUCCGCCGGCAGGUGGCGCUGUCGGGCCUCCGCUUCCGCGUCAGCGGCCACCCCGACCACCGGGACAUCCUGGACAUGAAACACAAGUUCACCUGCCAGUGCUACCAGGGCUGGACCGGCAUCCACUGCGAGGUGCCACAGAUGGCGUCGCCCACGCCGCCCGCACGACGCCCCCUCGCGCCGCCGUCCGACAGUCCGCUGGGGGGCGUCUUGAGCCUCCUCUCGCUUCACUUCUCCUGCCUCGGUUUACAAACCUGGAUUUCACAGACGAGCUGCACAAGACCCCCUUCCACGCCAACCCGUUGAAAAACCGACUUGACAAACAUAUUCGGCGUGGCAGUGAACGGUUGGAUUCCCGUUGAUGACUAUAAACGUCCAGGGCAGUGGAUGAGUUACGUAUAUUUUAAAAUAACUAUCAAAAGUCAGCCCUGCGUUUCGAUGCGAUGAAGCAGCAUGCGGCUCAUCAACCAAGAUUAUUUCUGAACGCCUUGUUCUGAGCAACAGUAAACAAUUGUAUGUUUGUAUAAGUGUGACUUCAGAACGCUUGCAUUCAGGUGUCCCUUUCAAUGAAAGCUAAAAUUCAACUUCUGGGCUAUCAGUCAACACGUAAACAAAUGUUUGCUAAGACAUACUGAAAUGUGUACUUGCAGGGAAGGAAGGCCCUGUUAAAAAUAUAUAAAGGUAUUUACUAGUUUCCUGUGCAUGCACACGCACUCUGAUGGCGUUAAAGAAGAGGACAUCCGGCCAGUCGCGAGGAUUAAGCCGAUCGACAGCAGGCGGCUAACUCCCAAAAACACGAGAAAGAUGACGUCAGUCAAAGCCAGCUCACAAACUCGACUUGUUCAUUUUGCAUUUCAAAGCGGCGAACAACUGCAAUUUGAGCCUUAAUGACCGCAAUUCCCUUUCCCUGAAAGCAGUUUUUAGGCUCAACUGUUGUUGUCAGUCAUCAAAUGGUUGGACAAAUGCGGUGUCACGAUUGGUCGGGCCCCAAAGGUUGAGCACAACCGCUCAGAGCCUCGCCCAGUCACUCAGUGUGUGUGUGUGUGUGUGUGUGUGUGUGUGUGUGUUCUCCUCACAAGUACACCAAGUGACUCGGGGCCUCACGAGUGUUGCGCUUCAGGUGGUUCGCAUCACAAAUCUUGACAUUUUUCUCAUAUUUUCAGCGACUGACUCAGUUCGUCGAGUUACAGGGGUGUCCAAACUUUUCCUGUCAUCGGCCACGUACAGAAAAAUCGGAAGGACGCGAGGGCCACUUUGAUUUAUUUAACACACUAUCAUCAAGCCAAUAGCGUUUGCGAAUCAAUUAGACAUUGUUUUAUGUACAGUCUUCGUCGUCUUCGCCUUCAUCUUGUCGGCGUGACAACAGGCUGCCCGAACGCUUGCGAGUACACAAACUGACCACAGAAAUCGGUCUCAGUAGGAUGCAGUAACAAUAAAAUUUGAGUUGAUUUCACGACGAAGCCCGGCAAAACCGGCGGAACCGAACAUCCGGGGCUUUUUAUGCAGAACGCAUCAGAGCGGGAUAUAACUGCAACUGAGAAGAAUGGAGCCAACUCGGGCUGGGUGCUAAGGCGUUAUAAUAUACACUGACAACUCAAUAAAUUAGAAAAUGGUGGCAAAGUUCAUUUCUUUCACUACUUAGACAUUGUAUAGUUUCAUUAAACACUUGGGAAAUACUUUGCAGAGGUCAAAUCCCUGCCUAAUAUCUACGUUGAAAAAUAUUUUCAUUGUUUCUUAGGUAACGUUCUAGUUCCUACAGCUGAUGAAUUCUGUGUUUUCCUUUGCUGGAAAGUACAAUCGUUAAAAUUAAACAUAUAUGUUAAAGAAAUGAUGAAAUAUUUCACUCAGAGUGUGUGUGCAGUGUCUCGGUGUAAUAUUAGUUUCAUUUUUUGAAUUGGGCUACGUGACAUAAUUAGGCUUUUGACACUAUUUUAAAGGGGACAUAUUUUACCAAGCCAACUCUUUUUCUUGUCUUUGGGAUGCAAUAUUGUCUCUAUGGUGCCUCAGUAAAUAUGUAAAAUAUGAAUUCAAAUGAUCCACACAUUUUUUUCCGAGUUCCAGACAUUUUUCUGCCGAGAGGCCUGAAAUCAGCUCAUUUGAAUUUUGACCUCAUCCGCGUCACUAGCCAAGAUGUCCGCCUACCUCUCCGCUCCCGAGCCAGCGCUGUCGACAUAGCAAACACGGAGGCGACCGAUCAGAGGAAAGGGGGCGGUCUUAGCCAAAUAUGGACAGAGCGGAUACAAAACUGGGUCAAACAGAAGUAGCUGACAGAGGGGCCUUUUCUGGACAUUCGAAUGACAAAAGCAAGGUGUUUUUUCAAAUGAAAUUGACACUUUUAUACUAAGUCCAUGUUUGAGAGUCACUCUAUGGAGGUUGAAAUUGACCAAAUACGGGACUUUUAAGUCAUUGAAAACCACUUAUACAAAAUGAAAUACGAAAUUUUACAUUAGAGUACCAAACAAGCUAUUAACCUGCUUUUUACCCAGCAUCAACUUUCACAGAAAGGAUAUCUUCUUCUUCUUUUCCUUUGGUCUUGUCCCUUUAGGGGUCGCCACAGCGCGUUAUCCUUUUCCAUGUCAGCCCAUCUCCUGCAUCCUCCUCUCGAACACCAACUGCCCUCAUGUCUUCCCUCACGACAUCCAUCAACCUUCUCUUUGGUCUUCCUCUCGCUCUCUUGUCUGGCAGCGCCAUCCGCAUCAUCUUUCUGCCAACGUACUCACCAUUUCUCCUCUGGACGUGUCCAAAGCAUCCAAGUCUGCUCUCUCUAACUUUGUCUCCAAAACACCGAACCUCGGCUGUCCCUCUGAUGAGCUCAUUUCUAAUGUUCUCCAACCUGGCCACUGCUAGAGAGAACCUCCACAUCUUCAUUUCCGCCACCUCCGGCUCUGCUUCCUGUUGUCUCUUCAGUGCCACUGUCUCUAAUCCCUCCAUCAUGGCUGGCCUCACCACUGUCUUCUAAACUUUGCCCUUCAUCCUAGCAGAGACUCUUCUGUCACAUAACACCCCUGACAACUGCCUCCACCCGUUCCGACCGGCUUGGACCCGUUACUUCACCUCCUGACCACACUCACCAUUGCUCUGGACGGUUGACCCAAAGUAUUUCAAGUCCUCCACCCUCGCUAUUUCUUCUACCUGUAGCCUCACCCUUCCCCCGUCUACUUCUCAAAGUAUUCUUUCCAUCUAUCUAGCACACUACUGGCACCAGUCAACAUAUUUCCAUCUCUAUCCUUAAUCACCCUAACCUGCUGCACAUUCUUCCCAUCUCUAUCCCUCUGCCUGGCCAACCUGUAUAGAUCCUUUUCUCCUUCUUUAGUGUCAACCUGGCAAACAUGUCAUCAUAUAAAAAUAUAAUUUUUUUUAGACGAGUGAAUUAACUGCUUCCUCUUGGAAAAUAUCCCUGUUGUCAAAAUGUAUGUAAAUACAGUUUGAUCCUUAAUACAUAUUAAAUGUUCAACAAUCAACAUUAUAAAAUAAACUGUUUCUUUGCGAGA